GUCUGGUACAACCAGCUCGAAGACCGGCAGCGCCUCCUUGUAUAACUCUUCUGCGUCUGCGAAUUUGCACAGUGCCUGUUUUGAGUAAGCAAGAGAUGCCUUGAGUUUCGCUUGGGCAAAAUUGAAGUCUUCAAGAUUGAUAACAGUCGUUUUUUCAAUCUCUUUGAACGCUCUAGACCUCAAGGCUAAUGCGCCUUCCAAUAGGCUCUCGGCCUUGGCAAAUUCCUGAGCGUCCGCCAAUGCGCUCGCAUCUUGGGCAAGCGCCUCAGAUUUGGUCAAGAUAUUCCGUAGCCGUUCUUCUGAAGAAAUGGGUACGGAGCUGCUCAGUGGAUCGGCUGUGUAAAAGCGGCUGUAUAAUACAAACGCCACACAUCAUUCGCGGAAAUUUUCGUACAUAACAAAAACGGUAAGGAAAUGCAAUUCGUCACAUCUUUGUAUUGCGACCGCCUUUUCACGCACCAUGAAAUAGGGAGGGACGUAAACGGUGAAUAGACGACUCUACUGUUCGCCUCGGAACUCAGGCUCCAAAAGUCUCGCACGAGUCGCCGGCCUUGGCACCCCUUUUGCCAUUUUGCUACGGAACCAUGCACGCGACAUUGAACCCUGCUUGUCCAAACCUUCAAGACCGCCGGGAUGCCCAUUUUGUCAAGCGCCGCAUUGACACAAAACAAAAGCGGACUAAGCAUUAAUUUUUUUUCUCUAUUGAUCGCAAGCAACAAAAAAAUAAAUCCCACUUCGCUUGUUGCAAUUUUGUCUUGGCUCCAUGACCGACCCAUCGGAAAAGGUCACCCUUGCUCAAAAUCGGUUGGCAAGUAUCAUCCACUCCAAUCGCCUUGAUGCGGCAUAUUAUGAAAAAUUUAAGAAAGAUUACGACCAAAUCGAUUCGCUUCUCAAAGACUUACCGAACAAGCUCACACACCAUGUCAUGGUUCCCUUAAAUUCUGCGGCAUUCAUGAUGGGAUGUCUGGAACACACAAAUGAAAUUACAGUGUUUCUAGGGUGCGACUACUUUGUCAAGACUACUGCCAAGCAGGCAAGGGCUAUUCUUUCGAGAAGACAGGAUUUCGUCAAAAGCAAGCUCAAAGCCUGCGAAGACUUGUAUUUGGAAUUAAAGUCCAAGGUUGGGUUGGUAUCUGAAGUGUUAGGUACAGAAGAAGGUUUUUCAGAGCAGAUCGAAAUUAGGGAAAAGGUGGAUGAGCCAUUUGAUUUGGUCCUACCUUCUGGGUCCAUACUAGGCGCGGACGAAUGCGAUUCGAGUCGAGACCAAAAAGAAAAAAAAUCCCAGGCACCUAAGAUUGAGGUGAUUUCUCAGGAGGAGACGACCUGCGAAGUAAAUUUAUCUCCCACAAGUCAACAAGAAGCAUACAACAACAAAAUUUUGGAUAUACUAAUGAAGAUGGAGGAGUCCGAGAUUGAAGUAUCUGAUACGGAAAUACAGCAGGCUUUUUUGAAUAGCGAACAGCAAAUCGAUGAGGGGACGCCUAAUAAGGGAGAAUCGCUGGCCAUGACACAGCAUAACUCAGACAAAGAAGCACAUGUGGAAAGUGCGACCGGUUCAGACCACCGCGACGUGGUAGAGAUGUUACAACCUGUCGGCCGUUCCCACGCGAAUGUUGGCGAAGAGGAAAAGUCCAAGAGGGUUUCUCAGUUCAAAGCUCAGAGGCUAGGUGAGAAAAAAUGAAGUUGCAUUUACACAUCUAAAAAAGGAGGUUGUAAAAAGAGGACUUUAUUUUAACGAUUUUUUUCGCUAUACGGAUACACGUCUUCCAGCGGCUGCGCGUCGCCUAUUGAUUUUACGGCCUGAUCGAGUUGAAUUGCGAUGCAAAAAUCCAUGUGUUGCCUUACGUUUUUUCCAAGAUGGUUGAUAUGUCCUUUUGGUAGCCUCAACGAUAAGCCUCUCCUUUUCGGGAGCGACUUCUUCGAUUUGAAAAGAUGGGUAGGUUCUGGAAUUGUCUCGGUAUAAUACAGUCCUGAAAGUGAAAGAGUAAGCACUCUGUUUUUUAUUUUCCUGUAUGAAAAAAAAUACAUACGGUUUUUGUCGCUGC